CAAACUGUCUUUCACUCUGUGGAGAAUUCGCACAGAGGAAAUCAAGCAGAGUGGACCACGAUGAGGACCAUUUACCUGCUUCUGUUGGUUGCAUUAAUAGCUCUGGCGGAGUCUCGUGGUGGCCGCAGAAAGCGUUCCAAAGGGCAGCUUUUGGUGCGUUCCAAAAGAAGAUGGGUUUUGUCUACGAUUGAAUUACGAGAAGAAGAUCCUGGACCAUACCCUAUGAUAAUUUCCCGGAUGUUUAAUAACAUGUCAGGGAACAACCAUGAAUUCCGUAUAAGUGGAAUGGGCGUGGAUAUUGAGCCACUGAAUGUGUUCUGCAUCCAUCCAGACACUGGAGUCGUCAAGGCCCUUCGACCUAUUGACAGAGAGACCUAUGAUAAACCCUUUCACAUCAAAUUUGAUAUCUAUGACAAAUUGAAAAACCAAGCCCUGGACAAGGAACUAGCUUUUGAUGUCGAAAUCAAGGAUAUCAAUGACAACCCACCUAUAUUUCUCAAUCCUCACAUGAAGAAGGAUGUGAAGGAAAAUACCCCUAAGGGGUUCUUGCCAGUGCAGCUGCAGGCCAUGGACAGAGACCAGGCGAACACAUCCAACUCUCAAAUCACCAUCAGUGUGAUUUCACAGAACCCACAAGAGCCCAAGAUUGACGUAAAACACAUCAAUAGCAGAAUGGCCCAACUCUUCUUAACAGGAUGUUUUGAUUAUGAUAAAAUAAAGCAGUAUGAACUGAUUGUUCAAGCCAAAGAUCAUGGAGAAAAGCCUCUUUCCUCCACUGCUAGUGUUACUCUCAACAUUGUCGACUCAAACAGUCAUCUACCGACUUUCAAGGAGCGAAGUUACCAAGGUCAGGUGAAUGAAUCAGCCAUCCAAGACAACGUCCUGAGAGUUGCAGUGGAGGACAAAGACACUCCUGAAACUCCCGGGUGGCGUGCCAAAUACUACUUUAUUAAAGGGAAUGAGGAGGGAAACUACAAAAUUGAAACUGACCCUAAGACUAAUGAGGGUAUUCUGAGUGUCAUCAAGGGGAAAGAUUACGAGCGGACAACUUUUGCUACCCUGCAGAUAGGAGUACGUAAUGAGGAACCCUUAUGGGUUUGUAAAGACAAAUCAGUUGGUGGUGCAGACACAGAGCCACCUCACGAUUCAGUCAACAUCACGAUGAAAGUGAUUGAUGUCAAUGACCCACCUGAGUUUCUAAAAAAUCCGGCUGAUGUGUACCAGAAGGAAGAGGAAAAGCCCGGUACGAUGCUGUUCUCUCCUGAAGUAAAAGAUGUUGACUCGGAUGUAUCCAAGAUCAGGUAUAAGUUGUUACAAGAUCCAGCUGGUUGGGUGAGCAUCGAUGAGAAAACAGGACAGAUCACAUCAACUAAGAAGAUGGACAGAGAGUCCCCUUUUCUUAAUGGGACAGGCACUUACCAAGUCCUCAUUGGCGCCAUAGACGAUGGUGAGCCUCCAUCUACUGGUACGGGUACUGUCCUGAUCCACCUUAGUGAUAUCAACGACAAUAUGCCUCAGCUGGUCAACAAAGGUGUCCUUAUGUGUGGAAACAAGGUUAACAAGGUCAAGGUUGCUGCCAAAGACGCAGAUGUCUCUCCUUUCAGUGGGCCUUUCACCUUCUCUCUUGGGGGUGAUGACAAAACUCUGGCUGAGAGAUGGAAGUUAGACCCUGCCUUUGGUGAGGAAGCUGGGCUUGUGAGCCUGAAAACACUGGCUUAUGGUAACUACUCAGUGCCCCUGGUGAUUCAGGACCAACAGAACAUGAUUGGACGUGAUACUUUGGAAGUGAUGGUGUGUGACUGUGGCGAGAAAGAUGUUUGCCGUGGCAAAAAGCCAACCUCAUCCAACCUUGGGGCAUCUGGCAUUGGACUGAUCUUGGCAGGAAUCCUCUUAUUUUUGCUACUACUACUCCUGUUUAUAUGCCAGUGUGGAACGAAGGACUUCAAACACAUCCCCAUGGUGCAGGAAGAGGGCUUCCAGACCCUCAUCAAGUACAACCAGGAAGGAGGGGUCUCUGAAUACAAGGCUGAGCCCACUCUGCUCUUGACACCUACAAGCAGUGUGGCUGUGACAGAUGGCAUAAAACAGGGAACUGUACAGAUGUCUCAGAUGGCUCCAAUGAUGCCACAGGAUGUGGAAAACAUGUACAACAGCUCAGGGGUCACCCUGAUGAACUCUAACACAUCAAUGGGCACACAGAGACAGAGAGACACUCCAAGAAGCCUUAGAGGGCAGAGCAUGUACUCUACAUGGACUACAAACAGGGAAAACACCUUCCAGGGAGGCUCAUCAAGAUACAACCGCUCUUUCAGCUUGCUAUCAAGUCAACACGUUUCAGAUCACAUCAACAGGAGACUGUACAUGAUUGAUGGAAACCACGUAGACCACCCAGAGUACCAACCUAAUGAAUAUGCCUAUGAGGGGCACGGCAGCAUCUGCCAGUCACUGGAUGGGCUAUCAUUGAGUAACCUGGGAGACGAUUUCACGUUUCUGAAUGAUUUAGGGCCGAAGUUCAAGACCUUGGGAGGCAUCUGUAACAAGGCAAUUCAAGAAAAAAACAUACAGCUUUAAAGGACACUGCUGAAAUGGGGAUGAUUUUUAUACCAGUUUUUUUUUUUUUUUUCCAUUCAAGUUGUGCUUUGCUUGAGGUUAUAGUUAUGGACUGAUCUGACCAGAUCAUUGGAGAGAAAAAGUUUGUGUGGAUUUUGUGCUUAAACAUCUCAUAUGUUUAGAAGCAGGUAUCAUUAUAUAUUGCCAUCUAACCACCAAACAAGGGUCAUGCACUACUGCUUUUGCAUGCUUGAAGAUGGGCUUAAUGCACUGAACAAGCAGACAUGCUCCGGUGACUUCAAAGUUUUGACAGUAACUGGGUGUGUUUGUGUGUGUUUUUUGUUUUUUUUAAUUUUUGCACUUCUGGGAAUGCUGCCACGUCCCACUGUAACCCCUAAUGGAUUUUGUUUUUCUUCCAGUCAUUUUGUCAAGAGUAAAAGAUUUGUGAUAAGAACGAGCAGAAAUCUGAUUCCAUUAUUGUUCAGCAGUAACUGGAUUGUGGUGUUGUUCUCAUGUAGCUGAGGUAAAUGUUUGCUGUUUGUGACUUGCUGUUUCAGUGGUGUGACUGCGAUGAUUUCUUGUGUACAUAUUGGCAUCCGCUGUUUUAAACACACAUUUUUUUCAACAAUCAGGAAUGUAGCAUUUGAAAAAGAAAUAUUGACUUUUCUUUACUAAAAGAUAUACUGAUAUCAA